CAUCGAUCUCCUGCUAUCUCUUUCUCUCGUUUUUCUUUUUUUCUCUUUUUUUAACCUGCAAGCAACCUGCGCUCUUCUCUCCCUUGCUCUUCUUCAAUCUACAAGCUUUCCCGUUCAUCCCUCUUAUCUCCGUCGGUCGUCUUCUUCCACAUCUUCUUCCCGGCCAAACGGUAAGUCUCCUUCUUGCUCUUCUAGAUCCUCUUCUUUGUUCGUUUUGCUCUGACUCUCUCAUCUCACUCCUCUCAUUUUUUGAUUUGAUUAUGAUGCACUCUCAUUUUUCUCCUUUUCUUUUCAAUAAGCGAUUAAAUGGAGUCGUCGUCGUGGUUCUGCGACUCUCACAAUGGCUUCUAUCAAAAAUCCUUAGCGACAUGACCGAGCUUCGCAAGAUCCAUCCUUCCUCUCUACGUGGCUGCGGGUCUCGAUCGCAACAAUCCCACACAGUUAGCCAAGUUGUUGUGGGUGCUGUCUUGGGAUCCAUCUUCUGUAUUUUGUGGUUAUGGUCUUUUGAUGCUUUUGUUCUACAAGCAUUUGAUUCUAGUUUAUGGGUUCGAAUGGUUGUUGUUCUGGGAGCUGCUGGGUUUUGCCUAAGAUUUCUUGUACAUGUAGUUCGCAAUUGGUUUCGGGAUAAGGAAGAAUUCUCUAAUUAUAAUGAAAUUAUUAAUUAAUAUAUGAAA